AUGGAACCAGGCGAGGCGGAGAACCAGCCGUUGAUUGUUCCCGGCUUCGACCGAGGAGAGGCAAUGGCAAGUAGCAACCGCGGCGGCGGCUCCUCCUGGAGCGUAGGAUCAUCGUCAGCUGCGGCCGUAGUGACAAGGAUGGCGGGCAAGCUUUGCCGCACCUUCGUGUUGAGGCACCUUGGUCCGCGAUGUUCCUCUGGCUCUCAACUCCCGCACAACCUGAGACUGUUUCUCACGUCACUCUCCGCGGGGCCUUUUGUAGUGUUGGUUGCGCUCGGUCCCCCUCGAGCAUCACAGCAAGCGCUUCUAGUGAGUGCGCUACUCAGUGCUGGCGGAUUCCGCGAGCGAGCAGCGCGAUGGGGUGGGUGGGUGGGGAGCGAGCGCGCUUGUUACCAAUGCCCUGGGACUCUUUGUUCCCAGCGGUCACAAUGGCUUAAGCGCCACACCAUGGGCCGCGGGCCCGCGAUGGAAAUUCUUGCUUUGGGGAUACCGCUGUUCCUCUGA